AGAACAUCGUGGAAGAGGGAAGACGGCGGCGAUCAGCGUUCCAACAUGGACGGCUCGACGGAGGGGACGUGGGACGGUUUACCGGUUAAACUCACCGACGAGAUUUUACAGACGCUCGAGGAAGUGAAGUUCACCCACAUGACACCUGUCCAGUCCGCUUGCAUUCCGCUCUUCAUGAGUAACAAAGACGUGGCUGCUGAGGCGGUGACCGGCAGCGGGAAGACGCUCGCCUUCGUCAUCCCCAUCAUAGAGCUGCUCCUGAGGAGAGAGGACAAGCUGAAGAAGAUGCAGGUCGGGGCUCUGGUCAUCACCCCCACACGAGAGCUGGCCCUUCAGAUCAGUGAAGUGAUGGCGCUGUUCCUUCAGAAGUUCCCUCAGUUCACGCAGAUUCUGCUGAUCGGUGGCACCAACCCGAUGGACGACGUGGAGAAGUUCAAAGAUAAAGGGGCCCACGUUGUGAUUGCGACACCGGGCCGCCUGGAGGACAUGUUCCGGAGGAAGGCGGACGGUCUGGACCUGGCCAGCUCGGUCCGGAGUCUGGACGUGUUGGUUCUGGACGAGGCGGACCGGCUGCUGGACAUGGGCUUCGAGGCCAGUCUGAACACCAUCCUGGGCCACCUGCCCAAACAGAGGCGGACGGGCCUGUUCUCGGCCACGCAGACCCAGGAGCUGGAGAAGCUGGUGCGGGCCGGCCUCAGGAACCCGGUGCGCAUCUCGGUGAAGGAGAAGGGCGUGGCGGCGAGCGCCGUCGCCCAGAAGACGCCGUCCCGCCUCUGCAACUACUACACGAUCUGCAGGACGGAGAACAAGUUCAACCAGCUGGUGGCGUUCCUCCGUCAGCACAAGCUGGAGAAGCAUCUCAUCUUCUUCAGCACCUGUGCGUGCGUGGAGUACUACGGCCGCGCGCUGGAGACGCUGGUCAAGAGGGUCACGGUGCACUGCAUCCACGGCAAGAUGAGGAGCAAGCGCAACCAGAUCUUCGCCGACUUCCGGGCCCUGAAGAAUGGCAUCUUGGUGUGUACCGACGUCAUGGCGAGAGGGAUCGACAUCCCCGAUGUCAACUGGGUGCUGCAGUACGAUCCUCCCAGCAGCGCCUGUGCGUUUGUGCAUCGCUGCGGACGCACGGCUCGCAUCGGUAACCAGGGCAACGCCCUCGUCUUCCUGCUGCCGAUGGAGGAGUCCUACGUCAACUUCCUGAGCAUCAACCAGAAGUGCCCCCUCCAGAGGAUGGUGCUGUCGGGGGAGGCGCUGGACGUGCUCCCCAGGGUGAAGGCCUUGUCUCUGGCCGACCGCGCCAUGUUCGACCGCGGCAUGCGGGCCUUCGUGUCCUUCGUCCAGGCCUACGCCAAACACGAGUGCAGCCUCAUCUUCAGGAUCAAAGAUCUGGACCUGGCCCGUCUGGCUCGUGGCUUCGCGCUCCUCCGCAUGCCGAAGAUGCCGGAGCUGAAGGGGAAGACGUUCCCCGGCUUCACGCGCACGCCGCUGGACACGGACGCCAUCCGCUACAAGGACAAGCAGCGCGAGAAGCAGCGGCAGAAGAUGCUGCUGGAGCUGCAGCAGAAGCUGAAGGAGCCGCCGCCCCCCCGCCGGAGCUUCAUCAGGAACAAGUCCUGGUCCAAGCAGACCACCAAGAAGGAGCGCCGCAAGAAGAGGUCGGCCAAGAGGAAGCUGGAGGAGGGCUCUGACGUGGAGGACGAGGACAUGAAGGAGCUGCUGGACGACACGCGCCUCCUCAAGCGGCUGAAGAAGGGAAAGAUCAGCAAGGAGGACUUCGAGAAGCAAAUGGCGAGCGAGUCGGGGGCCGAGGAGGCGUGA